GGCCAUCUUGGCAGCGGCCAUGAGCGGCUCCAGGGCGCGGGCGGCGGCGGCGGCGGGGCCGGACAAGAAGCUGCCGCCGGGGUCUGCGGGGCCGCUCAGCCGCCUGAGGGGCCGACGCGGAUCAGCCGAUGCGCCGCCACGGCAGCCCUGGACCGAGUCCGAGUUGCUGGCGCUGGAGACCGUCCGGCCCGAGCACGUCCUGGGACUGUGCCGGGUGACGGAGAAUUAUUUAUGCAAACCUGAGGACAACAUUUACAACAUUGACUUCACGAGGUUUAAGAUCCGGGACCUUGAAACUGGAACAGUACUAUUUGAAAUUGCCAAGCCAUCUGCUUCAGAGCACGAUGAGGAGGAUGAAGAUGACAGCAGUGAACUGGAUGCAAGUGCAGGUCGCUUUGUUCGGUACCAGUUCACCCCAGCCUUCCUCCGUCUUCGGACUGUUGGUGCAACAGUGGAAUUCACAGUGGGAGAAAAGCCAGUGUCGAACUUCAGAAUGAUUGAGAGACAUUACUUCCGAGAUCGCUUGCUGAAGAACUUCGAUUUUGAUUUUGGCUUCUGCAUCCCCAGUAGCAGGAACACAUGUGAACACAUUUAUGAAUUCCCUCAGCUCUCAGAAGACCUCAUCCGUCUGAUGGUUGAAAACCCGUACGAGACGCGCUCGGACAGCUUUUACUUUGUGGACAACAAGUUGAUUAUGCACAACAAGGCCGACUAUGCUUACAAUGGAGGACAGUAACCAUUCUGUCUGCUGGAUGCUGUGAUGCCCUGAACCAUUCCAGAUGUGCAGGAGUGGACUGGAGUUACUGUCUCGUGCAGCAAGGCUUCUUGCCAAACUUUUUGUCUGUGCACGAGGCUGAGAACAUGAAGCAAAGACAACGGCUCCUGAAAGGAAAUCUCCCUGCAACACCUCUCUGUCUGACACUCAGCGUAUCCUGCCUUUCCUUCUUUGUUCCUGGCUAGCUAGAUAACCUUGGUUAGGUCACUGAUCAGAAGCACUCAGGCUAUUCUUGCUCUUAGUCUUUCUAGUUAGGUUGCACUUCUAGUGCUUCUGAUGUUUCACCUCUUGGGUGAAUAUCUUUUUUUCAACAGGUCAGAUUGUUUGUGUUAAGCUAUUUUCUAGCAGAAAAAUCUUAACCCCUUCAAGUAGGCAGUGAUGCUUGAAGAGCAGAUCUUUUGUUCAGUUAGACAGAUCAUCUCUUCAGUGGCAGUGGUUUUGUUUGUGGCAUGGCUGACGUUGUUUUUUAGAGUGCAUCCCAAUAUUCUCCAGUGGGAAAGAGACUUACAAGUGCAGGAAUAUUCCAUCUGUCUCUGGGGGCCUGAGCUGCUCCUAAGAACAUUUAAUCUCUUUUUUGGCAGAGAUUUCACUACAGAUACGAGAUGGGGGAAAGGGGGGCUAUCCCUCUGGUAGCAUUUCUGUUUGAGCUUUUGUGAGCAAAUUGUUGAAUUUUGGAGCUCAAGAGUCAACCUUAGAGCUGAAGUUAAUCUCACUAUAUUUACAAUUUCCCCUUCCCUUUGUAGGAAUUUUGGCCCUUGCUAUAGAAUGUAUUGCUUUUUAGGUGGACAGCACAUUGUCAGCCUGGCUGGGGUGGAGGUGUCACUCUAGUGGGGCUUAGAGGAAAAAGGGAGAAUGUGAAAAAUCACUUGAAAAAUUAGUAGGAAGCAGAGCUUCCUAGGCUUCAGUCUACACUUGUAAACCUGACUGGUCUGUCGAGUUGCUGUGAGCAGCACCAGCUUUUUCUUUGUUGCAGUGGAGAUAUUAGUAGCUUAAAGCUUCCCAGGUCAGAUCACUCAGUGUUAUGGAGUGGAAUCCUUGGAAAGUGAGAAUGUAUGUGGUUCUCUUUUUCUUUGUUCCCAUCACUGCUCUGCCUGCUUAGCUGCUUAUUUAUGAUUUAGGAAGUCAUGCUGCUGAGGUUGAUGCCACAGCUGUGUUUGGGAUCUGGCAGUGUUGGAGAUAGCAUCAUGCAGUGGGAGAAGGAGGACCAGGAGGACCUGUGUCUUGCCAGUAGCUAUGCUGGGGCACAGCUCCCAACUGUGCAAAAUCUCAGCUAUCAAAACCCUUUUUUGCCAGUUUUGCUGGCUCUCAAGACUGGUACUUUUCCUGUCCCUAUGCUGGGCUGGUCAGUUGUGUCUCUUGUUAGGGGAGUGAGGUUGUGUCUAGACUGGAAACCUUUCCUAAUACUAGUUCCAUUUGUUCUUGAGACAGUUAAAACUUAACUCUUCGAUGAUUACCUGUUGUGUUAAAAGGGAUUCAGUGUAGUUUGUGUUUUAGCAGGAUUGAGUGGGAUGGACAUCAGAGCCCAGAGCCUGUUAAUGCAUAGGAAAUGCAUAGCAAUAGGAGACCGCUGCCUUUACUUCCAGAUUAGUGAAAGUAACUUUGGCAUGGAACAUCAGCUGGCAUCAGAGUAAGCAGUGAGAGUGUGUGGGGUAGCAGACAUGAAAGAAUCUCCAGCUCUUAGGAAGAGAUUUAAUUAUGAUUAACCACAACAAAUGACCUGUUCUGGGUGGAGCAUUAAUAAUGAGCAACCACAACAAAUGUCUUGGGAAUGUGGAGGGGCAAGGUCUGCCUGGUGGAAA